CUUGACUAGAAAAUGUGAACAUAAAAUGAUACUAGAAGAGCAUAGUAUUAACAAUGGUUGUUUGCCACACCAGUCCACAUUAUUAUCUUACAUUUAUUUUCCUUACUUAAAACAAGAGAAGUUGGUGCUUAAAAUUUCUCUACAACAAGGACGACAUAGAAUUUUUCAUUAUAUUCACUCACUUUCUCUUCCUUUGGUUUCUUACAGAUCUGACAGAGAGUUUCUUUACCAAAUUCUGGGAGAGGUUAUUAAGGCUGGGGCAACAACUCUUAACAUCCCUGAUACAGUAGGCUACACUUUGCCUACUGAAUUUGGGCAGCUGAUUGCUGACUUAAAAGUCAAUACUCCUGGCAUUGAGAAUAUAAUUAUAUCUACACAUUGUCAGAAUGACCUGGGACUUUCUACUGCUAAUACUUUAGCGGGGGCAUGUGCUGGUGCAAGGCAAGUAGAGGUGACCAUCAAUGGCAUUGGUGAAAGAGCUGGUAAUGCCUCAUUAGAGGAGGUUGUGAUGGCCUUCAAAUGCCGUGGAGAGCAAGUACUAGAUGGUCUUUAUACAGGGAUUAAUACACAACAUAUUGUUAUGGCUAGCAAGAUGGUAGAAGAAUAUAGUGGGCUGCGCGUGCAGCCACACAAAGCAAUUGUUGGAGCCAAUGCCUUUGCUCAUGAGAGUGGUAUCCAUCAGGACGGAAUGCUUAAACAUAAGAAUACAUAUGAGAUUAUAUCUCCUGAAGAUAUUGGGCUUCUUCGUUCUAACGAAUCUGGUAUCGUCCUUGGAAAACUGAGUGGACGCCAUGCUUUGAAAGCCAAAAUGUUGGAGCUUGGUUAUGACAUUGAUGGAAAUAAACUUGACGAUCUGUUUACACGUUUCAAAGCUGUUGCAGGAAACAAAAAGAAUAUCACUGAUGAUGACCUCAUCGCCCUGGUGUCAGAUGAAGUUUUCCAGCCCCAAGAAGUAUGGAAACUUGGAGAUGUACAGGUUACGUGUGGAACGCUUGGCCUUUCUACUGCAACAGUGAAACUCAUUGAUGAUAAUGGUGAAGAACAUAUUGCUUGUUCUGUUGGAACUGGGCCAGUUGAUGCAGCAUACAAGGCGGUUGAUCUUAUUGUAAAGGUUCCUGUAACACUCGUGGAUUAUUCCAUGAAUGCUGUCACUGAAGGUAUUGAUGCUAUAGCCACCACUAGAGUUCUAAUUCGAGGAAAUGACAGCAUCACUUCAACCAGUGCUUAUACGGGACAAUCUGUGGAUCGUGCAUUCAGUGGAACCGGAGCAGCAAUGGAUAUAGUCAUCUCGAGUGUUCGAGCCUAUGUUGGUGCGUUGAAUAAACUUCUCGGAUUCAAUAACCGACUGAGAACUGAGGAUCCUCCGGCAAAGGUCAGUGCCGUUUGGGGAUGACGUGAAGUGAUCGUCUUUUCUUGCCUUAGACCGUAUUCCCAUUCCCUUUCCCUGUCGCAGUGUGUGAAAUUGUACUAUUGUUUUUGAAGUUGAAAUGUGAGAAUUUUUAUAGAAUAACUGUGGGAACUGUUAUUUAUUCAUUGAACAUCGUACAUAUGCAUAGUAAAAGGCCUUUUAUAA